AUGGUCCGUUUGGAUCAGCGAGUGCUUCGAUUACUGGCUCCAGCUCUACCUUCCUACGGAAUCACCGCCCACUAUGCCCAGGAGUGUCCAGAAAACCCCGAGAUUAACCACGUUACGGUGGUCUGCCUCGAAAGGAAGAACUUUGGCGUGCUUUUCGACUACCUAAGCCACGUUCAAGGAAAUAAACAAGAUCUGAGGCGUGCUCUGGGCGCGAUCGACGCGCUAGACCCGCCUGCAACUUUGGGAGGAUGGGUGCUGUUGGGUUCUAUUCUGGAGAGCCAUGGGGGGGUAUUUGUGCCGACGUGUCUUCAGGGGCAAGCGUCCAAAGUUGUGGUGGAGACAAUGCUCUACGUGCUGGACAGGCAUCCGCCGCUCUCUUUGCCCCUCAUAUGGGAUGUACUCGACAACAAGAUCGAAAUAUCCUUCAACCAACCACUUACGACUCAGCUUCUUCGCGGGCUCAAUGAGUGGAAGAGUCAUGAACAGCCACUAGGGAUGUCAUUUGAUCUCUUCAGUGUCGAUGCCAACGCCUUCAUCCCCGCCUGCUUGCACGUGGUGCCCUUCCGCCUUCCUUUCCCUCUCAAACAUGUCCCCGUCUUUAAAGAAUCGAACGUAGCCCUCACUGAGGAUGCGGGGGACUAUUCACGCGGUCUCAAGCCCCUCGUACCGAUGUGUUCUAUGACGGCGAGUUUCAUGGCGUUCGAUUUCGUCUGGCCAAUGGAUGUCCCGCAGCGCCGUCAAUGUCUGAAGGCGGACUGGCACAUCGAAGAUCGAGGGAGCUCCGACGGCACAGUAGCCGUGCGACCGCUUAUUGGGGAAGAGGACUGUACCGUUCAGGAUUUGCAACCGGUUGCCAAUGCUCAGGACAGCAACUCGGAGGUGGAGGCUGGGACAGGGCAGGCGCAUGGUGAGGCUCAAGCGGCGGGAGCGAAGGAUGACAGGGAAAUUUCGGAAAUUCUGGGAUUUCAGCUUGACGGAAGAGAAAUUACUCACGUUGACGUCCAGGAGGAGGUGGAGAUUUGGGAGAUCCUCUCAGAAGGCUCUCUGAUACCAUGCGAGCUCCUACAUCGGGCGGAGGGCCCGGGUGCGAUGCCAGUGUGGCUUAGGCGCCUAACGCGCUCUUCAGACUGCCCUAAGCAUAUCCUCUCCCCACACCUCUAUCCUAAUAUGCCUACGCCUCGAAAUGUUGACGAACGCCUAUUCAAGAUCUUUGCACUCACUGUAACGACAACUCUGGAUGAAGUCUGGAGCACAUCACGGCCAUGCAACUUCUGCGACAAGAUGGACCAUGUUACAGUCGUCUGCCUGGAAAGGGACAACUUCGGUAUGCUGUUCGACUAUUGUCUUAUGGACGGAACGGAUGUCUGCCCGAUGGAACUCAGCAGUACCCAGAUCGAUACAGAAGACAGGGAACUCAUGGUGGAGGCCGCCAAUCAGCCGCAUGACCCUCCUCUGAAGUUCGGCGGAUGGGUGUUGAUGGGUGCUGUUCCCGAGUGCUACGAGGAUUGGAAGCGGUCGCGUCCUCUGUUAAAUUACCAGUGGCCUCCCUACGUUGCGGAGACACAGGGGCCACAGGGACGGGCCGCGUUAGUAGAUAUUCUCUUUUAUGUUGAGGACGCAUUACUCCCCGUUUCCAUCCCCCUCAUAGGGAUCAUAGAGCCCACCGGGUUUGCAAUCAAUAUACCAGGUCCGGAGGAACAACCCCUGCUUGUUCAGGCCAUACCGGGGCUCAAUCCCUUUAAAAACCCACGACCGCCCACGCCGAGCUAUGACCUGUACAACGCGGCAUCCCAGACGUUCGUACCGGCGGACAUGACAGACGCCUUUCCUAUCCGCCUGUCCCUCCCCCUCGACCACGUUCCUAUUAUUAGGGACUACGAUGUUGUAAUGACAAAGUACGUGAGAAGCUACGCCACGGGACGCAAAACCAUGGAGCCUAUGUCCUCGCUGAAGUACAACUUCAUCGGGCUGGACUUUAUCUGGCCGGUGGGCCUCCCAAAUCACAGGCAGUACAAGGAGGAUACCUGCCAAAGCGCUCUACUCCCACUACGUCUAUCCACAGGAGUGCCGGCGCAGCCUGAAGAGGACGAGUUCGUGGUGCGAACGCCCGGGGUAGCGCAGACAAAGGAGGUAAAUUUGGAAAAAGAAGACGAGGCAAUGGACUUAGACAUAGAGGGAAUGUCUGACGAGGACGCUGAAUUGGAGGGGGAGCCACUCUGGGAGCUCGAUUCUGAUGGGUACUGA